CGCUGACUCGACCCAAGGGCCAAACCAGUGUGUCAACAUUCUGCUGAUCGUGACCACAAGCAACCCUAUGGUGCGGAGGCUGGCCGCGACGAGUCAACUAUACGUUGACGCGGCGCGCCGCUCUCCGACAACGCGUUAUAACGACAUUAAACAACCUAGAAUUUUCAACAAUGGAGAAAGAGGAAGAUCACUGUCCGAUCUGCGAGUGGGCAUGAUUGGCCGUUUCGUUUGGCCCGAUGUGAGUAUGAGCACGAUUUUUGCCAAACAAAACUUCUCUAUUGUUACUCUUGAUGGAGACCGAAACUUUUAUUUGGUGGCGAGCCACAAGGACGUUGCAGAUGGAGCAGUGAACAUUAGCACAAUUCCUAUAAAAAUCGUGCCUCGAUUAGCCAGCAUGGAUACGGACGUCACUGUCAGCAUGUGGGUUUACAUCUCCUAUACUCAGAAUGGGCGAUAUCGGUCUCUGCUGUCCAACGAAUUAUGGAUAGGGGCCUGGAGAUUGGUAACCUUUUCGCAUAGAAGAGGUGGGAGGCUGGGCAUUUUCAUCGACAAGAACAAACAGAAUCCGGACAGCACUUCAUAUCACUUUUACAAGGCGCUUUUCAUGGACAUGCUAGAAACUGGAGUCAUCUUCCGUGGGCUUAAUGCAAAGAUCGGGGAUAUUUGGAUAUGGUCGAGGGAGUUAUCUGUCUGCGAUGUGAAGUUGUUGCGGGACACUGAGUACUACGCUCUGGAGUUCACCAAGUCUGAACCCCUUCAGCAGCAGAAAACAGAAAUGUCAAUGGCAUACAUACCCUACUACACCAAUCUUUUCCAAAAGCCAUUUACAAUCCAGAUGUGGGUUUACCCUAAGAAUGCAGGCGGACAUCAAACUCUGCUCGCUCAGAGGAGAGAUUCCUCGCAAACGAAAGAGCGAACGCGUGGUGUAAGAUCAGGUGACAGCAUUUCGACUGCGAUAAGCAUAGGGAUCGUGAAUGGUUCGUUAUACACAUCCGUAUAUGCAGCUUGUCGAAAUCCCACGGGGGGGAACCUGUCGCAGAUAGGGGAGUGUUCGUAUGAUAGGGACCUUGAGUACAGAUCGACAACUGCGAUCGUCCCCACGAAGAAGUGGAGCCAUGUUGCCGUAUCUUAUAAUGGCAAAUUAUGGUCCUUCUUCGUCGAUGGAAUCCUACGAGACUCCUUUCAUCUACCCACUCGAUUCGAUAUCGCGGGCAGCUCAGACGACGGUUUCCUGUUUCCUCUCUUCAGUUCCCAUGUCAUCACAUUAGGUGCUGAAAGUACGUCAAAAGCCGGCGAAGAGGAUCCUUACGGUCGAGACGAGUUGAGCACUCAGCAUGGCCGUGAUUCUCCACAAGGUUUUCUGGAAUGGAAGAGUGCGAGUUCUUAUGAACAUUUGGGUUAUGAGCGGAGAUUCUCCGGAAUGAUUUAUGAUGUAGCGUUUCUCAACAAGGUCAUUGACAAGGCGGACGAGCUAACGGAGUGGAUACAGCAAUGCUUGACAUCUCGCACGCGGCGUCCAGAGCUGAAAAGGUUGGUUGGUUACUGGCCCUUGCAAGAAGGGUCUGGUCUGGUAGCUCCUAACAUGAUCCGACAAGCACCCCCCAUGUAUCUCUAUUCACAUGACAUGUGGGCCGCUAGGGAUCCCAUCACGGGAGAUAGCGAAGACCAACUGGAUCCACUUCGAACAGAAGUGACAGGAGCUUUUGAUAUCGAAACAGGCGUCCGUGGUUGCAUAGUUAUCAGCACUUUUAGUAGGUGCGGUGAGCGGCGAUUAGGAAGUAGGGGAUUCAAGGAGAUGGGCUACAGCAUCGACUUCUACAAUACUCAUGCUUCAGGCCCGAGUUUAACGUACAACGUCACGGAUAUGUUUGACGGAACUUCCCUUGUUUGCUACAGGUCAUAUUUGUGCGCGGGGAAGUAUCGUUGGGAACUGCUCAAUGUUCGUUCUGGUGGUGCGCCUCUUUUGAAUGGGACCUUCACUGUACACGCAGGGAGUAUUUCGCUCCCCAGAACGACGGUCGAUCUGCGUGGUGUACGAUGCAUGGGGGCAAGCUCCACCGCAAUUAUCAUGGCGAGGGAUAAAUUUGGGUGCCCUCGUCCUCAAGGAACUGAUGUUUUUAGGGGACAUUUGAGUGGUCCGAGCGAUCUAUUCAACAUUUCAGCGAAAUAUACUGGCGCCGCAGGGAAGUACAUCAUGAACUUCAUCGUGGAGGCGGCUGGAUCCUAUCAGUUGUCCAUUCUUCAUCACCCUUGGAAACCGAAGUAUCCGUUCAUCUCUGAGGAAGGUGGGGGAUACUUGGAUGCACAGGGAAUUCAUUUACCGAAUGAAGCUGCUCUAGCUAGGCCGAAUGGCACGCAGACUGGAAGCCCAUACAACAUUGAUGUCUGUUUCGGGUAUUCUCUCCACUUCGACGGCUACAGCAGUGCCGAGUUCUUCGAGACCCAAGGCUCCCCAAGUCUGGGUUUGACGGGAACACCCUUUACAUUGGAGGCCUGGUUUAUGCACAACACUGACCACGAAUCGGUAACCCCUCUGUUUCUCCGUUCUCCUUCGGCGAAUCCUCCAUAUCCCCCAUUCUCUCCGGGAGCGCCUCCUUCUCCUCCUUAUCCCCAAACGCAACAAAUGACUCAUCCCAAGCGGACUGGUGUGUAUAGUUCUAUACAAGAACCAUCCCCUUCACUCCGUACUGUCUUGCCUGGUUCCCCUACACAGAAAAAGCGCGUGAUUCGGAGAGUUUCUGCUAAUAGGCGAAUACGGGGAACAGCUGGCCCCAAAGAGGGGGCAAAACUUCUAAUGCCUAAGGCUACAAAUUCGCAUACCACGGAGGGGUCAAGCACCCUGAAGAGCUCACGGAACAAAGAGGUUGUGACCGAAUCUGUGGAUUCAUUAACAGCAAAAGAAAGGAUGGAACUUUCUAGCCAAAACAGAGAGCAGAAGACCCAAGUAAUUCAAAAUAAGCAUGACGGAGAACAUCAGACCGCAUCCGGAACAUCGCGUGGCCCCGUCAGAGGGGCGCUCGAACUUGACUGGGUGCGACCCAUAGUCCAGCCGAAGUACUCGUUAAAGAACAAGUCCAGCGGUGAAUCCGAAAGUCUUUUCUGGCGAUUUUCAGGACCCAGUACCCGCGAGGGUCCUCGGAGGUUGCAAGAGCUGAAGAGAUUUCUCGAGGAUCACGAAGCGAGGAUGACCACGAAGGCCAUGGGAGAAAAGGCCAAUGAUUUCUCUCUGGCAUCCAGGCAGAGUGAUACUGUUUCGGCGGAGCCACACUACUUUUCCUUUCUCAAAAGAGAGGACAUGCCGCCUGUGACGAGGUAUAAAGGCUCCCAAGCGGCUGGAAACUCAAGACUUCAGCUGUCGAGCUCCGUAAACGCUGAUCGGGACCGUUACAUCUUGUUGAAGGGGGACUUCAAGGGGAGGAGCAACAAAGGAUAUUACAUGAAAAUGAACUUACUGAGUGGGGAAGAACGUUGCAGAAUCACAGUGGGAAUUCGCAUGGGAAUCGAUGCAGAAGAAAGACCUCGUUAUCGCGAGAUAAUGCACGAAAAUGUUGCACUGGUUGACACGAGUGGCAUAGCAAUGUGGAGGCAUGUUGCCGUGACGUACGAUGGGGAAACGUUUCGCUUGUACUUGGACGGUGAACUCGAGCGCACCCGCAGUUUUGAGACAAAAGAAUUUCCAAUUGCACACAGUAUCCAUCUCCCGUUGUCAAUAGGGUAUGGUUUCGCAGGGCUGGUUGACGACAUUCGGUUGUGGAGACGGGCAAGAACACAAACGGAAAUUCAACAAGGCAUGUAUUGCCCCCGCGGAAAUCCUGCUGAGGAUGGACUAGUGGCACUCAUCGGUUUCAACGAUGGCAUCAAUAAGCGUGUGAAGGGUGAUAGGAGAAUCACCCUCCAGAAAGAGGAUGGGUCUGUCCUGUUCGGCGUUAUUGACCCAGGACUUCCAGACAACGCUACGUGGUCAGAAUGGUCGACGCGCUCGCCGCCCACUCUUGUCGGUUCGUGGGCUUCACCGCUCAAAUCAAGCGUAAGGAAACUCCAUUUAGAUGAGGAUCCACGACUCUUACACACAACAGUGUUGACACGCAAGGCAUCAAUCGAGAGCAUCAAACUUGACCAUGCCUUCUUUUCUACGAUGACGGGAAGGAGGUUGAGGAAACCAUUGCCUCUCACCGAACGUGAUGAAGACAUAAUUGCAGGUGCCCCGAUCAGACUCCUCGUGCAACCACGUGAUCAAUGCGGAUACUACAUGCCCGUCACGCCAGAUUUGAUAUCCACCCGGGUGACAGUGACGGCUGUCAUGACCGAACUGCGAUGGUUCGGCACCGAACAUGACAAUUUGGAAUAUCCAAUCACCGUCCGAAGGAGCCACCUCGAUCCAGGAGUUUCGGUACUAGAAGCAAGGGAUCAUUCAAGUGCUUCUGGUUGCUCCUUCGAAAAUCGCCAUAACAAACAAGCUGCGGAGUCCUAUCAAUAUUCGCACUCUGCAUACUUUGUCUGUCUAUCGCUCAAGACGAGUGGAACAUAUGCAUUCUUCAUCGAUAUUGGUUACGAGAAGGUUCUAAAUACCAAUUUUGGGCCCGUUGUGAGAGUGAUUCCUGGUGGUAAGAGAGUGACGACGUCUGAAGUAGGCAGAGUUGAUCGUGACGAAGUCCAGGAAGUUGCCAAUGACGUCCAUGAUGAGAAGUCCGGAAUGUCGUCGAGGAAGAGCCGCAACGUCGACGAGCUGAAGCGGCAAAACUGGAGUGGAUGGAGUACUGAGAAGGCAAAGACGUGGGAAGAUAAGUCAGAGUCAAUCGUCGUAUCGAGAAGGACAAUGGCAAGUGCGUCGUGGAUGCUCAGAAGCAUCCAGAUGCUGCUGAAGCUUGGCGUAGAAGCCAUGUUUGUGCAAGCGGUCAAGGACAUCGCCGAGGUGUCUGAGAUGCUCCUCAUGACUGUAGAUUAGAAUAUCGUCGAGGUAGACGAGAACGUACAGCUCCAGGAUGUCCCUGAAGAUGUCGUUCAUUGCCCUCUGGAAGGUAGCGAGUGUGUUGGUGAGGCCAAAUGGCAUCACCAUAAACUCAUAGUGGCCGAAGCGUGAUCGGAACGCUAUCUUCGGCUAGUCCGCUGCAGCGAAGCGGAUCUAAUGGUAACCGCUACGAAGAUCAAUCUUCGUAAAAAAGUUGUUGCCUGCUAGGCAGUCGAACAACUUGUCGAAACGAGGCAUGGGGUAGCUGUUCUUAACCAUGUAGCGGUUGAGACCGCGAUAGUCCAUGCAGAGACAGAGAGUUCCAUCCGCUUUGCGAGCAAAGAGGACGGGUGCACGCCAUGGGGAGUUGUUGGGUUAAAUGAAACCCAAUCUCAAGA